CGAGCAGACACCACGCUCUGACGAGCGGAAGAGCGCGAAUACCGAGCUCAAAAAAAUUACGGCUGGCCCCCCCUUAUAUUAUCUCCACAAUCCUCUUAAGCGGAUGAAUCAAUUUCUGAACGACCGAGCGAGCGUGCACUCGUCAUCAUCACCAUGGAAAUGGAGCAUGUUCGCCGCUACAAUGUCGAGCGCUCAUGUCUCCGCUGCCAUGAACGGAAGGUCCGUUGUGAUAAGGGAAUACCGUGCAACAAGUGUGUGCGCCUCAAUGUGCCCUGCCAUUACCCCGGCCCUAGACGGGCUAAGCGCCGCCCACCCAAGACGACGGUGACGGAUGUCGUGGCGCGGCUGGAGGAGCUCGAGCGCUCGAUCACCACGUUAGCGGGGAAUAAGAUGGCUGGCGCCUCGGCGCAGGUGAAUCAAGCACUUACGGGGUCGAAUGCUCAAAUUAGCCCAAUCUCGGUGUCGAGUCAGUCUGCACCAGGUCCGAGUGGCCGAUCUGGUAGGGAUGAGGACUCGCAUCAUGGAUUCUUGUCGAGAGAUGGUUCUUAUAUUGAUGAGCCGCUGUUGUCGAGGGUUCUUGAGAAAGAGAAGGAUUUACAAACUGCUAUGGGAUCGCCGAAUCCGGGCAAUUCUUCUUCGAGGAAACCGCCUCCGCUAAGGGUGGAUGGGAUUAUCACCAAUCCUAUCUUGCUACAAACGGAUUUCAGGGCAUUGUUUCCUUCUCGGUGGCAGGCUACACUGCUCUGGCAGAUCUUCUUGAGCCGAGUGGAUCCCGUCUUGAAGGUGAUUCAUGUUCCGACGACAACGCCACGCAUCUACACGGCUAUUAAUCGACCUGAUGCGGUGAAACCGGACGUGCAUUGCCUGCUUUUUGCGAUCUUCUUCGCGGCUACUACGACGCUGGUCUCGGACGAUCCUACCAAUGAGGAGACUCGGGAUGAUCUGCGUCGAUAUCAACAGGGUUUGGAACUUGCAAUGCACAACUCGUCGUUCCUGGACUCUCCUACCGUGACAUCGCUACAGGCGAUGGCUAUUUACCUAACAUGCCUCCGCUAUACUAACAGCGGACGCUCUGGCUUCACACUACGCGGCCUGGCCAUCCGUGCUGCCCAGUCCAUCGGCGUCCACCGCGACGGCAAAAACUUCAAGCUUCCCCCUCUAGAAUGCGAGCUCCGUCGUCGCCUCUGGUGGAUCCUCUACACAACGGACGCCCGCAUGGCCGAAGACCACGGCAUCAGCGUCUCCGCCCAAGACUUUGGUGCGGAUACCGAAUUCCCCACAAACAUCGACGAUCAAAACCUGACAGAAACCCAAACAACACCAGCUCAGUCCCUGCCCCGCUGGACAGAAAUGACCUUUAUUCUCAUCAUCUCCGAAAUAAAUAGCAUUUGGGCAGCCAUCUCUCGGGCCAACACCAACGCCGAAUCACUCAUCACAGACCUUAAAACACGUCUGCACGAGCGCUACCUGCAAUAUGCGGACAUGAACAUUCCCAUCCAACGACAAGGCGUAAUGGUCGCCCAAAUCCUGAUAUCCAAAUUGGAAGUCCAAGUGCAUCAAAAAGCCCUGCAGCGCCGAUCCGGUACAGAUGCGGAUGCAAACGCCGAGGCUGCCUCGUCCUUACUAGCAAUGGCCUGCCACGCGCUCGAACUCGGGCUAGAAAUUUACGCGGACGACUUACUCCGUGGAACGCGCUGGCUAACCUCGACAUAUACCCAAUUCCACCUCCUCACGUAUAUCCUGUGGCAUCUGUGCGUGUACCCAAGUGGUCCACAUGUAACCCGUGCCUGGCGCGGUGUCAAUCGCCAUUUCGAUCUUACGGAGAAUGAUCCCUCGUGGCCGGAUCCAGGUCCCAAAUGGCCCGUUCUGGUUGGACUGCGAGCCAAGGCGUAUAAGAUCCGCCAGGCUCAUGCCCCGCCCGUAACGGGGGUGGAGGUUAUUCCCGAAGAUGGUAUGAGUGCGAUGGGGACUGUGGCUGCGAACGGGAAUGGGAUGGGGACAGGGAUUGAGAACACAGUUGCGAUGGAUGCAGGGUUUGUGCAGAGUGCGGAGGCGUUGUUUGAAGUGAAUGGAUGGGAUCUCAACUGGGUGGAUUUUCCCGAUUGGGAUUAUUUGGCGCAGAGUCUUGCGGUUAUGGGGCAAGAAGGUGGGAGUUAUCCGGGUGGUUGAGAAGAAGGAUGGGCGUUAGAUGGGAUGAAUGGGGAGUUUCAGACUUCGUUGCUCUAUACCCUGUUAUGAAUUUAUGAUCUUUAUAUUCCAGUCCUUGAACGGAAGGGUACUCGGCGUGUAAUUGAAACCAAUGAUAUGAAGAACCACAACCUAAACUAUCCCAGAUCCACUUGAUCGAAAGACGAGCGCAUUCAUCUCAUCAUCAAUCUAACAUCUCAAGCACGAACAAACAUCAAUAUCAAAUCCAAAUCCAAAUCAAGAAUCGUUCAUUUCUUCCCCCUCUUCAAAGAAAUCACAGCCACGAUCCCAAAAAUCAUCAAAAACAACGCAAUAGUCAUAAAAGUCCGCGAAACCGUAGUACAGCAAUGCUCCUUGCUGCGCCGUCUCUCGCGCCGCUCAAGUUGCCGAUCACAUUCCUCGCAGUGAGUAUGCGGUUUGUAGGAAUUGUUUGUAGCUUCGUUUAGUCCGAGUGGGGUCGGUGCGUCGUGCUGAUGUGCGUCGCGCUCGAGGUCGAGGUCGGGUUCGUCGGCGGCGGCGACGCGGGUGUACUGUUUGUAGAUCAGGAUAUGAGAUGGGCAUUGAUAUGGAUUGAUUUCAAGUGCAGGAGAGAUUGAUCUUGCGGUGGGAAGGGAGAUGUGAGAUGACGUACCCCCGUUAGUGGAUUUGAUGGUCGCUGGGAGUAUAGUUCUUCGUAGGGCGGGGCGACUUCGCUGGGAGUUGAGGCUCCCAUGAUGAUCUGGUGUAGGUAACACUAAUAAAUGCUCCUUUCGUUGAUUGAAUGGAUGGAGAUGGAGGACGUAAGGCGAUGUCGUUGUCUUCAUGCGCUCAGGUGGU